AGUGCUGACAACAUUCAAAUAAUUAAUUUUUGAGCAAAGUCCGGCAACAUUUUAAAUUGCGCUCAGCUGUUCAGUGAAAAUAAACAAAAGAUUAAAAAAAAUGGAAGAAAAAUUAAUUGAGUUUGUGAGCGAAAACCGGUUUCUUUAUGACAAAAGUCAUAGAAAUUAUAAAAAUAGCUACCUGAGGGACGCCAAAUUUCAAGAGCCAUCGCAGAAAUUGAAUAUUCCAGGUGAGAAGCUAAAGGCCCGUUGGCGGACCCUACGGGAUAAAUUGUAUAAGGACCUAAAAAAGAAACCGUCAGGAAGCGGCAUGUAUUCGCCACACAAAAAGUGGAAGUGGAUGGAGAGCCUGAAGUUUUUAAAGGACGUUGAAAUGGACAACUUGAACACACAAGGCAAUUAUGGCACCGUGACUACAGAAGGUGACGACUCCUUCCUCAGCGACCUUGGCGAAUCCGCCUGUAGCAGUAUCAGUUUAAAUAUGCUUCCUCAAUCACCACAGACGCAGACACAGUCACAGACACAGACACAGACACAGACACAGACGCAGACGCAGACGCAGACACAGACUGGACGAAUAGAGACUUUCAAAGAGUGAUGACGUUAGCAGAGGAAAUGUUGGUCGUGGCCACGGAGAGAUCCGCCAUUCAAUUAUUUUUUGAAAGCCUUACCAAGCAGGCGGAGGGAGCUAACUUAAAUAGCCUGGAAAUGUCCGAGUUACAACUCCAAAUGUCUCAAACAUUCCACCAAUUUUUAGUAAAUCGCAAAAAAUAAGUUUUAAAUAAAAUUUUAAAUAAAAGCUCAUUCUUUCCAAGUAUAU